AUGAGUUAUUCCAAAGCAGAUGAUAUCACUGUUGGCAUUGCAGUGCGUGGUGUCCAGGCCUCUUACGCAAGAGAGUUGGACAUCAGUCAAGAUAUUCCUCAUGGAUUCUAUGAGACAAUGAUGACUUGCAUUGGCAAUACAAUGGGUUUUUUCGGAUCAUUUCCUUGCAUUGUUUGCUGCCCUAAUCCUUAUCAAAAAGUCCGUCAAGGCAACGUUGGAUUGGUUACAAAAUUUGGCAAAUUCUACAAGUGUGUUGAUCCAGGUCUUGUCAAGGUGAACCCAGUGACAGAAGAUUUGAAAAAGAUCGACAUUACCAUUCAAGUAACGGAGAUCCCCAAGCAGGAUGUUAUCACCAAGGACAACGUUAGCGUCAAUUUAGAAUCAGUCAUUUAUUGGCAUGUAGUCGACCCUUAUCAAGCAGUGUACGGUGUCUCGGAUGUGAAUCAUGCAUUGAUUGAGAGAGCAAGCACUUCGUUGCGAGAUGUAUGUGGUGGCCACAGUGUCCAAGAUCUUAUUGAAAACAGAGAGGCCAUUUCCGAGGAAUUACAUGAGAUUAUCGGUCCUAUUGCUAAAAGCUGGGGUCUCAAGAUUGAAUCUACGCUGGUAAAGGACAUUACAUUAUCACAGCAUUUGCAAGAAUCACUCUCAUCUGCAGCACAAGCCAAGAGAUUAGGUGAAUCUCGAGUCAUUACGUCUAAAGCAGAGGUCGAAGCAGCCAAGCUGAUGCGUGAUGCAGCUGAUAUCUUGAACACUCCAGCAGCAAUACAGAUUCGUUAUUUGGAAACACUGCAAUCCAUGAGCAGAAACGGCUCUGGCCCAAAAACAAUAUUUGUCCCUCUUCCACCCUCACAAGUUGGCCCUGCAAGCAAUUAA